AAGUCAUUAAUGAUAACAAAUUUUACCGCGUUUUAAAGUUUGUUUUUUUAACUAAGUUUAUAUAUUAUAGUCAAUAAAUUAGGGUAUACAUUUCUAACUAUUUUAUUAUAGUUUUAUUAUCCAUAUCCUCUGUAUAUUAAUUAAAAAAUGCACUGUUAAAAACAAACUUUGAUAAACGAAGUCGUGUAUAUUUAAGACCUGUUGCAUUUUUAAUUAUAAUGACUUCGACGACAAGAGAGCUUUUUACCAGGCGUAUGAAAAAAGAAACUAGGGAUGUACAUGCAAUUAGUGAUGCUUUAGUAAAUGCGAAACUUGCUUUUGCACUCUCUGACCAAUCAGUAUGGGCUGAAGGAUUAUUGGUGUUUUAUGAAAUUUUUAAAUAUUUGGAAAGAAAUGUUGAUCAUCCAAUGCUAUGCACAUCAUUGAGAAGAAUAGACGCAUUUGAAAAAGACUUAGAAUUCUACUUAGGAAAAGAUUGGAAAAAGACAUAUGUUAUACGAGAAAGUGUAGCAAACUAUUUGAAUCAUCUGCAUUAUUUGGCUGAUAACAAUAAGAUUUUAUUGCUGGUAUACGUUUAUCAUUUAUACAUGGGUUUACUGUCUGGUGGCCAGAUUCUCAGAAAAAAAAGAGCAUAUUCUAUACUACCAAAGCGAACAAAAACAAAAAAUAUACCAGGAGAAGCAGUCACUGAUUUUGAAGGUGCUAAUUUAUACAAUUUAAAAAAGAAGCUUCGGGAUGAUAUGGACAACGAAGCACGCAAAUUUAGUGAGUCAACCAAGCAAUUGUUUAUCACAGAGAGUAAAAAAUUAUUUUUGAUGAAUAAUAAAUAAUUCAGUCAAUUGAAGGAGCCGGUAAAGUUGUUAUGAGAAAAUUUUUGAAGUGGCUACUUAUUUUAAUUGUAACUGGGUUAAUAGCAUAUAUGUUAUACAAACUCAUAUUGUAAGAAU